CCGACAUCAGCUAACAACACCCUCGUCUUUCACCAGAAACGUCGACUCAAACAGAGUCACACUAACCUCAGGCGCACCGGCGCCGGCGGGGGCGUUCCAACCCCGUCAACCCGCGCAUCAUCUCCCAGGACUACAACAACUUCCAACAACAGCAUACCUUUGUUACUGCUCCAGAUACCUACCCACCCCCUUAUACCUACAUCCCACAACCCCCCAGUAUCAAACAAAAUGGUUAUCCACCUUGCAACCCUUCGCACAACCCCAGGACGUGCAUUCCCGCGCACUCAACCGCGGGAGCACAACUCAAUCUUGGGGAUGGAGUGAGUGGUAGCUAUGACGUGGAUUAUUAUGGCGGACUCCCCCACGAAGCCACUCUCCCAUCCCCUGAUGUACUCGACCCCGGUUGCAAUGUUGAGUUUGCAACGGGGGUCGAGAACAUCAGGGGAUGGGACGGGGCUUCGUGGGGGAACUCGGCUUUGGUAUUGAGAAUGGGAGAGGGAGAGGAAGGUGGAGGAGGGUUCAGUAUUGCCAAUGGGAAUGUUGGAUUCCAGCCUCAGGAGGAUAUACCACUUUCCAACACUUAUCAGCAACCGGUACCUCUACCGGGCUUACUGGCUCCGGACGGUUACGCGUCGACUGCCCGUGUCUUCCAACAUCACGGACAGUUUCCGCUAGACACAAGCGGCUUGUUCACAGAGGAACCGCCCACGACUCAAACACUCCCGGGCGGACUCCCGCCGGAAGAGAUCUUCGAUCAUAACGUUCUUACCGAUGAAAAAUAUGCAGACUUGGCCCUCCUUGAGGCAAUACUUGAUCUGCCAAACUAUGCAUACACUUACCUGUCUCUACCCACACUCCCUUUUGACCCGGCAGGCACCCUUCAGUCGGCUUCUUACCCUCCAUUCGUAGCUUCGCAAAACACCUUGUUUGGCUCCACUCCCAGUUCUACUGCUGUCACCUCAUACCCGACUUCAGCGGGAACUCCUGACAUAGCUUCACCGUCAAGCAGUUGGGCCUCGACAGCAAGCUUGCCUACAAGCUCGACGACCUCACCAACGAGCUUCGAAAUCUCGCCGACGGGCUCAGCGCGCUCCAAGGCGGGUCGAUAUAAGUGCGAUCAGCUGGGCUGCAAAUCCAAACACACCUGGGCCACCUUUGGAGACCUCAAACGACAUCAAAGGUACCACGACAAGAAACCACAUCAGUGCACCACCUCAGGCUGCACAUGGGCUUUCACCAACAAAAGUGACGUGGUCCGGCACAUGAAGACACAUUCCGAAGAUGUAACGAUGUUCCCUUGUCAAUCUCUCCGGGGUGUGGAAAAGAGUACAAUCGUUUGGACAACUUGCAGAAACAUAUGAGGAAGUGUCACGAUGGGGUCAGGGACUCAGCGAGGAAGUAGGAUGCUACGAUGCUACAUCCAAGAGGCCGUAGCAGACAAAGUUUGUGUCUUGUGAUUACUUGAAGACAUUUAAGUGAGGCUCUACUCAGAGUCUUGUGUUCGAAACAGUGUAACAGACGCCUGGUGUCCAGAUGAA